GAAGUUUUAAUCCCGUGCAGCGCCCUCUAUAAGCCAGUAGAAAAACCAUAUUCUUUCAGUUUUUUUUCUCUGAGUGGUGCAAAAAAGAAAUCUAUCUAAAAUCUCCCUACAUUCCGUGAAACUAACCUAAAUUAUUAACCUAAUCUUAAAUAUAUUUUGCUGGAAAACCGAAUUAAAAAUGAGUACAUUUAAGAGGUUAAAUACGAAUAUUUACGAAAAGAGCGGGCCUGAGGUCACUCCGGAUUUCAUUUAUUGGAAAAAACUAGCGCCGCCGAUAUUAAUUAAGGAGUUUGGUCCGAUAGACUACGUAGACUUCUCGCCUGUGGAGCCCCACUGUUUCGCGGUCACCUGCUCGGUGAGGGUGCAAGUGUAUAAUCCUAUUACAAAACUGGUGGUAAAAAAUUUAUCCAGAUUUCGCGAGAACGCGUAUGGGGCAAUAUUUCGAAGCGACGGAACAUUGAUAUGCGCCGGAGGCGAAGAGUCGAACGUCAAGCUGUUUGACGUCUCUACUAAGAGUAUGUUAAGGUUUUUCAAGGGGCACUUGGCGCCUGUUCACAGAACAGCGUUCAUGCCACAAAAACCACAGAUCGCGUCAUUUUCAGAUGACAAAACAGUGCGAGUGUGGGAUGUCGCAACGGAGGCAACUUUACAUACAUACUCCGGGCAUGACGACUAUGUGCGCGCAGGUGUAGUAAGCAAUGACGUUCCAGAUAUCGUUUUAUCAGGCAGUUAUGACAAUUGCGUGAAAAUGUAUGACACCAGAACAGAUAAAGAGGUUAUGUCAGUGAACCAUGGCAGUCCGGUAGAAUCGUUAUUGGUUUUGCCUUCCGGUGGUUUAUUUCUUUCUGCUGGGGGGACAGAUAUUAAAAUAUGGGACACUAUAGCUGGGGGCAAGUUGGUCGGCAGCAUUUCUCAACACCACAAGACUAUUACUUGUCUCAAGCUGGCUUCAGACAAUAGAAGGCUCUUAUCUGGAAGCUUAGACAGGCAUGUGAAAAUAUACGACAUAAGCUCUUUCAAAGUUGUACACACACUGGAUUUUCCCAAUGGUGUACUUAGCGUGGGGGUGUCCAAAAAUGACGACACGUUAGUGGCAGGGCUAGUCGAUGGUAUUAUUUCAGUUCAGAGAAGGGAAGAGGAUGUUGAACAGAAAAAACCGUCCAAGGCAGCCUCUUAUCAAUACAUUUCGAGCGAAAUUCCUUAUACUGUUGAUACCAUAAUUCCGGAUGUGAAGCAUGAUAAGGAGGCCAAAUAUGACCAUCACUUGAGAAAAUUUGAAUAUUCGAAAGCUUUAAAUGCGGUCCUUAUGCCCUAUGUGAUCAACAAACACCCGGAGAGGACAGUUGCUCUCUUGCAAGAGCUUAUGAAACGCAAGGCCUUAGGUAAGGCCAUAUUGGCGGGAAAUAUGAAUACCAUUAAGCAAUUGGUGAGGUUUUUCAUCAGAAACAUAACAGAUCUCAGGUUUAGUAAAAUUAUAAUACAAGUGGCAGAUGAAGCGUUAGACACUAUCACUGAAAACUUGAUCAGUUUACCUCCUGAUAUAGGAGCUUUGUUGGUGCAUUUGCAUCAAGUUUUGAAGCAAGAAGAAGAACUAAGUAGAGAACUCGCCAUGGUGCAAGGAAUGAUGCAAACUUUGUUAGCGAGUCAAUUGGCUGGAAACUCGGAGCCUGCAUAUGAUAAAAUAAUACCACUAACGGAUACAUAA